AUGACCACUAGACUGCCCUCCGAGACUGUUCGGUCCUCCAUCAGACGACCUCAACGAUUCCCCCCACAGCUCCAACAACCACAGCAACCCCAGCCUCAUCAACAACAACAACAACAUCAUCAUCUUCACCACCAAUAUCAGCAGCAGCAACAGCAGCAACAGCAGCCUCAAUCGACGGUCCAUCUGCAACAACCCUACCAACACCAGUCAUUCUUGUUCGAUGCCGAGUUUGACUUGGUCGGGCGUCUUGGCGCAGGAUUCACGCCAGGCUCAAGUGCGGGCAACAACAGCACCAACAGCAAUGACCACGACACUAUCAGCAACAACAACAACAAUGGUGGCAGGGGCCAUAGUGGUGGUACAAACGCCAAAUCAUCCGUGGUCAAGUCCACCCCCUUGACGCCUGCCAAGCCCGACAGAGCAGAGUCCAAAUUUGAUCCAAUAGCGUCAAUACCUGGUCACAACAUGUCCAGCUUCUUUGGCGCCAGCGACGAUCCAUUGAUGGCAAGCGACGCCGACUCCCAACCCUUCUUUGUCGACUUUGGAAACACUGACCGUCUCAAGAAGAGUGCUCCCUCUACCAUCGGACGAGAACCCAAGAAGGCCGUCGUUACACCAUUGCAGACACCUCAACCACAAGAGUCGCCGUCACUUGGAAUGCUGGACGACAUCUUUCAACCCACCAUGGGGUUUUCAGCAACCCCCUCGCGACCAAUUGCCAAAGCGGCUCUGGUUCGGGAAAGGCAGCUACCUCAGCAUAAGCAGCAACAACAGCAACAGCAGCAGCAACAACAACCUCCACCACCGCCUCUGCAGAGACAAACGCAGACACACCAGCAGCUCUUGCAACAGCAGCAGCAUCACGACAGCUCUCUCGAUUUUUUUAGCUCUCUGGACAGUAUUUCUCCAACACGCUCUACCUCAAGCUCUUCUCGCACAUCCCCUUCGGCAUCAUUUGCUCAUCUAGGAUCGAUCGCUCCUCUUCCUUCCUUUCCCUCUAUUCCGGCGGACUACUCGGCAUUUGGGCGAAAUGGCACCGCCAGAAAGACAACUCCAGCCAGGAAGCUUUCUCAGAGCAGCAACACCCCGUCCUCCACCAUCAAGGACACAGGAUCGUCUCUGGAGACUGUGUCGUCGUUAUCGUCACCAUUGUCGGCAUUAGCGGAUGUGUUUGUAUCGAACAAUGGCUCGGAGCCCAGGCCGUCCUCGUCCACUGGUUCUCGCAAGAAGGGCGAUGCAGCCGUGUCCAUGUCUGCCUCGGUCACCUCGUCGAAAUCAUCCACAUCAACACUGGCGUCAUCAACUGUAUCAUCCGCAGGACAGGCGGUAUCGAAGACGCCUUCCCGGUCUACUUCGUCCAGCAACAUGUCUUCGACAGCAUCCUCGCCAAGUGAAUCUCCGUCUCUUGCGCCUUCAGCUGCUCCCUCAAAGCCAGCCCCCAAAAUGCCAGCGAGAAUCUUGAAUCUACCCCGGCACCCCACCCCUACCCCACUGCCAACGCAAAAUACCAGCGCGAGGAUUGACUCUAUCUUGGCGCCUCAACGACCUCCCCAGCAGCCACCGCAGCCGUCGCAGCCGCAACAGCUGUCCCUGCCUCCGCCACCGUCACCACCAUUGCAACAACAACAAAACUUGCAGCAACAGUUACAGCAGGCUCAAGCCCUGCAGGAUCAGCAGCAGUCGACUUACCAUUCUCUGCCGCGCGAGUUUCAACCUCAAGAGCAGCAGCCUACUUCUCGCUCGUCAGUAUCAUUAUCGGUACCACAACCCCCACCACCGCCAACAGGAGGAUCACAGCAUGUGUCACGACAGGACACCAACCUUCCUCCGACACCACCUCCAUAUAUCCCCCCACCUGUGCAGACACCGCCUCAGUUUCCUUCAUCACCCUGGGACGACGACGACGAUGACGACUUUUACCAGGCACCAAUCUCUCCACCUCCUGUAGUCGUCCCAACUGUGAAAGCAGCUUCACGGAAGGUGGUCGAGCCUGGCGUCCAGGCGCCACCAAAACAGGUUGCUCCCCUUAAGCAGACUAUCACGGAGCCUCAACAGCAGCAGCAGCCAAAGCAGUCGAAGCAGGACUAUCAAAAGCAGGAUCACCCCAAGCCGAAGCAACCUACACAUCAACCGCCGCAACCACAACCACAGCUGCAAUCACAGCCAAAGCAGGAACAGCAACAUUCACCAGUCCAAACUCGAAAACAGGCCCCGAAACCUCUUGCGCCUGAACACAACAAGGCCAUGGAUGCGAAACACGCGGAUGGCACAAGUUCGGCGCCAUCCCUCUCACCUUCUGCACUCUCGCCCGACUCUUUAUUGAUGGCGAGAUAUCCUCCUCCGCCUCCAUCGAUCCUCUACAGUGACGACCAGAUCACUGUAAGCUCGCUUCACUUGACGAUCCACUCGUUCUAUUUUCCGCUGAACACUCCGGUGACUAUCCCGCUGUUGACCAUUACCGAGUUAGAAACGUUACCUACGGAAGGCCAAAACGGCGGCGGAAACGGUGGCAGCAGUGGCGGUGGUGGCGUUGCCAGUUGGCUCAAGUACAAGAACUGGGGGGUCAGCACAGCACUGACGGACAUUUGGUGGGCGCGGGAUUACAAGCCAUCGGGAACUGCGGUCACCGGAGCAGGAGCAUCAUCUCGAUCGGCGGACAAGGAAAACACCCCACCUUUGGUGUAUGUGGUGGUCCGAGUCGAAGGCGAAUGGUUGAGAAAAGGAUUUGGGGUUCAGCAGGAACAGGGAGUCAAGGUGUUGAAGGAUGCCUGGAAGAACGUCAAGGAGAACGAGCGCGGAUUGCGACCGCUUCGACCGGCGACUAUGGGUAUGGAGGAGGACGAUGACGGUUUGAUGAUUGAGAAGCCAGCCGGCGGUCAGUCGCUUUCGAACCAAUCCGGUGGCCGUAUUGCUGCAGGAGACAAUGGUGCGGAGAAGCGGCGAUGGUUGAGCUACCAGAACACAUGGACGGCAUACCCCUUUGCAGACGACUCACCUCAGUUCCUUGCCCAGCAGCAUCGUCGAGGAGCGACCUCAAAGGCACCACGAUAUCAUCAACAGCAGUCAUCAUUGCGGCCGAAACCGACAGGAGCAAGUGGAGGACAUGUGUAUCUGGGACCUGAGGAGAGCUGCGGGGACGAGCCGCUAUUUAUCGAUAAUGAUUUGAACAUUCAUGAGGAGAUCUGA